CAACAAGUUAUCUCUCUUGUGCAACCCAGCAUGCCUGUACAUACAUGUCUGUGUGCGAUAGUUUGCUUUGAUAACAUAGAGAAGCUAUAGGCCUCCAUUCAGGCAGAAGGGCCUGUGGAGUAGGCUGGACUUCGGGGCUUUAGACAAGCCAACAGUGUACAGGAAAUCAGGAGAUCAGCAGAGCAAUGGGACAAUGACAUAGAGAUUAGAGAUCAGUUAACCCGCUCCUCUGGGUGACUGACCUGUUUGCUCACCAACUACGACUUCCUUUUAGACACAAGCACAUAAGCUAUGAAACACACACACACACACACUCUCAAACACAACCUGUUUUACACUCACUAUCUUAUUCAAACUCAACCUCUCUCACUCUUCCCUUCUCUCUCAAACCACUUCCACACCAUUCAGCUCUUGAGUUGUGCAGCGUAGUUUCUCCUACAUUUCGGUCGGUCUCAAUCUCACAGGAAUUAAAUUGGCAGCUCCUGCUUUGCACCUACUCUCACUCAGGUAAUGGGUGCAGCCAGCCAACCAGCAGGACUUAGUUUAAUACUUAUGACAAAAAGUCCAACUCACAUCGCAACCAAGAUGAUCUCAUCUGACAUCCAUUCUAAAAAGGCAGAUAACGGCAAAUAUAAACGAAGAUAAACUGAGGAAAAGGCUCCACCUGGGUGUCUUAAUGCUCUUGUACUCUGACCUCACCUGGCUUAUAUCUUAGGCAAAGAAGACUUUCACCGGCAACACACCUACAGAGCUCAAAGGAGGAGGGCGUAAACGCUGGGAAGGAUUAGCAUAAAAGAGGAUCAAAUGUCCAAGGACUGACCAAAAAAGGUAAAAAGACACUCUCUUGGCAGUUAAAUUCAGCAAUUUAAUGUAAAAGCUGACUUGGUUGUGUCACUGGGGGAAAAUUUAAAAUUGACUAUGUUGUCUGUUCGUCUGUAUCAAGGUUGUACAAUGAAGUUCUCUCUGUAACAGCAGAACAAGCCCCAUCAUGUCAAGGAAGAGUUUGAUAGGGUGUGCAGGUAGACGCUGCCUAGUGUCCUGACAGAGACGUGUGUGCGCGUGUGGGAUUCAAAUUUUCUGUAUUUGCUCAGCAGCACAGAUGGCAUAAUGCUUAUAGGCUUCACCUCUUCCUAAGGAUACACUGUUGAACAGAGGAAAUACAAAAAGGAUACAAAGACUUAAGGAUACAUAAAAAGGAUAUAUAAAAACAUUUAAGUCUAUCUCAACCCAAGCUGCCAAGAUGCCCCUUAAAUCAUCAAUGUACAGAAAGCCAUCCUCUGGGCAUUGGCCCAGCAGGAAGUCCAAGCGCAGGGAGGUGCUGUCUGUCAACAUGAUUAGCCUACCCUUGUCGGAUUUCCGCCACAUCACACAUAUUGGCAAUGAUGCCCAUACAGACAGUUUCGGUGACCUGUCCUUCUUAAAAAUGGGCCAUAAUCUGCUUCUACAAAGCUCCCAGAGCGAGCAGAAUCUUUUCCUGGCCUGCUCUCCACCACCCAAGCCCCCACGUCUGAACCUGGAUGAGGCAGAGGGUUCAGAGAGCCCCGACUGCCAAGUAGGCCGCCAGUACAACGCAUCCCAGAGGAAAAAGAAAUGCAGCUCUAUGCCACUUCUGGAGAGCGAGGAAGCAGACGGAGAGAUGGAACAGGAGGAUGGGUACAAAACACGGAAUUAUGUUGCUUCCAGUCAGAAUUACAGUCCUAGAUGGGGCAGCCUGAGUUCAGACAAAGACGGAGACUCGACAGACACCUGCACCAAAACCGCUGGCCAGCAGGAUGAGGACAGUGGCUUUUCCUUUAGCUUCGACCUGGGCCCUUCAAUCCUGGAUGACGUGCUCCGGGUGAUGGACAAACCACCAGACAAGACAGUAGCCAAAUGCUGAAAAGACGGAUAUACAAGAUGAUACUUUUUCAAUAUUUCAGUAAAUCAUCACCGCAACUUUCUAGGAUAUGGAGUGACUUUUUACAGAGCACCAGAUAUUGUGUCCAAAGCACAUUGUGGUCGAUAGCAUUUGUUAAAACAUAAUAACCACUGAAAAGGUUAAACUAAAAAAGACAACUACACAAAGGUAAUGUUAUCCUUAGAUUCACCCCUUGUCGACAUAGAUGCAAUGUUUAAACUAAUAAUUGAACUCUGUCUAAUGUCAAACUCUAAGCUGGACAUUUUCACCUUCAUU